AUGUCGCUCCGCGCCGGCCUCUUGACCUUGUUCAUCGCCGGCGGCAGCGCGCUCGCCCACCACCACCAUCAGCAGCAGCAGCACCCCGAGCUGGGACCACAACCCGCCACCGUCGAACUGACUGCUGCGCCCGCCUCCUCGCCGACGAUACCACCGUGGACGGCCAAAGUAGAACCGGAGCCGCCACGGGUACACGACGAUGGGAAGGCGACGAGGAGGCCGACGAGGACGGUGACGCGUUUUACACGGCAGUUGGAUCUGGUCGAGCGAGAUCCCGACGCGGGGGUGCAAGUUGAAGGCACAGUGAUUGUUCGCCAAGACUCUUCUUCUUCUGCUUCUUCUUCGUCGUCGUCUUCGUCAUCAACAUCAUCGUCUUCUUCCUCGGAUUCCACACCAUCACCUCUACCCUCGCCAUUCGACAACGCUCCGGCCUCGAUAUUCAAAAGCCCCAGCAGCACAAACGAUGCCUGCCCGACAUUUAUGAAGAAAUUGUUGGACGACCCGACGUUCAAGCAAUGCUACCCAAUCUCCAUGAUGCUACGAACGUCAACGUCCUUUUUCGAGGCCGAAAAGCAGCUCGUCAGCAUCGUCCGCGUCCUCGACGCCACCUGCGCGCCCGACGCCGCCCAGUGCGAGACGUUUCUCACCCAGGCCGCCAAGAACCUGCUCGACCCCUCCAAUUGCAAAACGGAAUACGACGCCGGCCAGGUCCAGGUCACUGAGGCCCUCGACGGCCUGCGCGCCUACCGGGUGCUCCGCGCCGCCACCUGCCUCCAGGACCCGGCCACCCAAAACUACUGCUUCGCCAGCGCCGUCACAAACAUCACCAAUCCUUCCGACAUUUUCCUCUACUCCAUGCCCCUCGGCCUGUCCCUGCCCGGCGCUUCCACGCCCUCGUGCGGCGUCUGCACUACCCAGACCAUGGCCGUCUUUCACGCUGCCACCGGCGACCGCGGCCAGCAGAUUACGGGCACGUACAGGGACGCUGCGCGCCAGGUCAACGCCAUCUGCGGGCCGGGCUUUGUCAAUGACACGGCCACGUCGGCGGCUGGGCGGGCCGGCGCGGCGGCCGGCGAUGCGACGACCAUGCUGGCGGUGGCUUUUGCGUCGCUCUUGAGUCUGGUCGUCUUGACGUGGUGA